GAAGGUGUGCAUGGUCCAACAGAAGCACAACUCCACCGGGAGAAAUUUGGAUAGCGUUCCAAGAUGAGUUCUGUUAGUUUAGAACUCACUGGGGCAGGAGGGGGCAGGUUAAAGUUUGCACAUCAGCCCCGUAGAGCGGUUUCAUGAGGGUCUUGGAGGGGUUUUGGACUUUGCGGAUAUGAAGACUCGACCAGCUGGGAUUGGAAAUGUCAACGCCGAUUGGAUGGGGUCACUGCCCCCCAGGCUCAGCGGCAUGCCACUCAAACACCUCGCGGUUCCAGGCUCCCAUGACUCGUUUACCUACUGGGUGGACGUGCACGCACCUGUAGGUCCUGAUCAGAAGGUCUACGUUAAGUACCUGGCCACCAUGUUCAGCGUUUUAGCCAAGAAGGUGAUGGUGAAGUGGUCCAUGACGCAGAACCUGACGUUUAAGGAGCAACUGGAUGCAGGAAUCCGCUAUUUCGAUCUCAGGGUCUCCUCCAAACCAGGCGAGCCAGGACAUGACAUCUACUUCAUCCAUGGUCUGUUUGGACACAAGGUGAGGGAUGGCCUCAUCGAAAUAAACUCCUUCUUAUGCAAGCACAGGAAAGAGGUGAUCUUCUUGGACUUCAACCAUUACUAUGCGAUGGGUCUGGAUCACCACGAAUAUCUGAUUAGGACGCUUCAAGAAGUGUUUGGCAGUAAGCUUUGCAAGAACUGUGAAGUGGAGCUCAUCACUCUGGACUAUCUCUGGGAGAGGAACUACCAAGUAAUUGUUUUCUACCAUCAUCCAUCAGCUCAGGGCGUCCCUGUGGUGUGGCCUGGCAACAAGAUCCCUGCACCCUGGGCAAACACAACUGAACCCAACAAGCUCAUUCAGUUCCUGGAAAGCACACUGAAGCAAAGAGCUCAGCAGGGAUCCUUUCAUGUCUCCCAGGCCAUUCUUACGCCCCGUGUCAACACUGUGGCCAGAGGUCUGGUUUGGGGUCUGCGUAAUUACCUGGUGGAAAGCAGAAACCUCCCAGCUAUCAUGUCCUGGGUGGAGGCUCAGAAGCCGGGCACAGGCGGGGUCAACAUCAUCACCUCCGACUUUGUGGAACUCACGGACUUUGCCAACAUUGUCAUCAAACUCAACAGCCUGCUGUUGUCUGAACACAAGCCCAAGCCGAGAUGACGACCACAGGACAAGGUGUGCUGACGCAAACCACACCGUGUCCAUUCCAUACUUUUAUUGGAAUGUAUCUACCCUGAGACGUUUUGACUUCAAAUGUGGUAAAGACAUUGAUUUUUGUGGUGGUUUUCAGUGGCUGUUCCCAUUUUUUUUUACACUCUUCUGUAGAUAUAUAUGUAACCAAAACCCCACUGUACACCAUUUUCUUUGUGCAGGUGUGCCUAAUGUUGCGGCCAGUGAGUGCAUUAUAGGCUGGGCCGAAUAGACUUAGACUUAGCUCCAAACGUAGACUUAGACAACCUUUAAUGAUACACCAGGGAAGUGUUAGACACAGUAGCUCGAUUACAAAAGGAAGGAACAGGAUAACUAAACUCUCCCAAGGGCAGAAAUACACGUGUGUGUGUAUAUAUAUAUAUAUAUAUAUAUAUAUAUAUAUAUAUAUACAGUACACCAUUAGUAUAGCACCGCGAUACAACCGAAUCAUAUUCGAUACUAUACCGCCUCUAAAAAGAAUCGUUCAACCACCCCACUGACCCCCUGUUGCCGUCAUAUCAUUGCUGGUUUACAAGAAAACGAGCAUGUUUGGCAGCGCACAAUCCCAGAUUACUUACAAGGAGACACAGUGUGUAGACAGAAUAGGGAGAACGGACGCAUUUUGGCUUAAAAACUAACAAAGGUGAAGUUAUAACACGGAAAUGCCCUCAGGAAGAGGUGCUAUAAGACAUGGCUAGCCAGCUAGCUAGCGGCUAAUGUCCACCCGCAGCAUACUUGCCAACCUUGAGACCUCCGAUUUCGGGUGG